UCGUAGGGAUGAAUAUGGAUGUAUGCAGGAUAAAUAUCAAUGUAUGCGUCAAAUUGCAUGUGAAUGUAUAGAUUGACCUGGUGUAAAUCCAUCCCUACACCCAACACCGCGUAGGGAUGAAGUGCCGAACCCAUAACUACCCCUAACCGUACAAACGGGUAUAGUGCCGAACCCAUGACUACCCCUAACCGUACAAACGGGUAUAUUGUCGAGUCCAUCCUUACAUCUAACAGUACGUACGGGUAUAAUGUUGAGUCCACUCCUAUCCCUAACAGUGCGUACGGAUAUAGUGUUGAGUCCACUCCUAUCCCUAACAGUGCGUACGGAUAUAGUGUUGAGUCCACUCCUAUAUCCUUAACAGUACGUACGAGUAUAGUGUUGAGUCCACUCUUGUCCCUAACAGUACGCACGGGUAUAGUGUUGAGUCCACUCCUAUCCCUAACAGCAUGUACGGGUAUAGUGUUGAGUUCAUUCCUGUCCCUAACAGUACAUACGGGUAUGGUGUUGAGUCCACUCAUAUCACUAACAGUACGUACGGGUGUGGUGUUGAGUCCAGUACGUACGGGUAUAGUGUCGAAUCCAUCAAUACCCCUAAAAGUACGUACAGGUAUAGUGUUGUGUACAUCACUGUCCCUAACAGUACGUGCGGGUAUAGUUUCGAGCCUAUCCUUUUACCUCUAACAUUUAUUUAUUUGAUUGGUGUUUGGCGCUCAAGAAUAUUUCACUUAUACAACGGCGGCCAGCAUUUUGGUGGGAGAAAACCAUCCGUAGGUCGCUGAUAGACCAUUCCAAGUGUAUCCCACCGGAUAGAAAGCCAGUAUGAGCUGGUCUUGAACUCACACUGACCGCGUUGGUGGGAGGCUGUUACGCUAACCAUCUCGGCCACGGAGGCCCCAUCUUUACAUCCGGAUUAAGUCACUCACAAAUCUGAUGGAUAUCAUGAAACACGUCUUUGGUGAGGUCAAUAAAUCGACGCAAGUUGGCGCUAAUUAAUCCAUGUUUAGACUGGAUAUAUCCUACGCUUUGUUCAUAUACAUGCACACAUUUUAGUUUUAACAAGUCAGAGAUAGCACAUAUAGCUACAUUUACUACAUUGAUACAAGAGGGAGAGACAACCGAUCCAACUGGAUAGCUAAUGAAUAUUAAUCACAACCCAAGUAUCCAAUCAACUGGUUUCCUUAAUGCAUGAUGGGCAGCAAAGGCGAAACAACGACAAGUAUAUAGGUUGUCCGCAUUCAUGGUAAACGCCUGGUAGCACAAGCCUUUUCAACUCCACGAGUGGCAACAUAAAUGCAGAUUUAAGAUAUACCCUGCACAGCGGUUCACCACAUUUCCAUAGUCGACGUGACCUGUACAGCAAGUGGUCCACGAACAGCGUGACACAUGGUCUCCGAACAGCGUGAUACAUAAUCACGGAACAGCGUGACACGUGGUUUCCGACAUGCGGUCUCCGAACAUCUGACAUUUAAGACACCGAGAAGAUGCCGUCGGUUGAGGGAGGUUCUCCGCUGAUAGAAGCAGCUAAACUAGGCAGAGAUGAAAAGGUGAAGGAAAUUAUUACAUCCGGUUACCAUGGCAACGAAACGGACGAUGGCGGCAAGACAGCUCUUCACUGGGCCGCGGAGUACGGUUAUUUGGAGGUGGUGUGCACUCUGAUAGCCUUCCAACAGGAUAUGAAUUGUAUGGAUCACAAACAACAAACCCCAUUACUAUUGGCAUGCCUUCAUAAACGUCAAGAAGUUUGUACAGUUCUGAUCGAAUCUGGAUGUGACGUGAAUAUAGCAGGAUUCAAUGGCAUGACUCCGUUGCACAGAGCAGUUCAUUCAAACAUGGAGUCGGUGGUGGACCUGCUUUGUGAAUCUGGAGCAGACGUCAACGCCAGAAACGCCUACCUUUGCACACCUUUGCACGAGGCAAUGCGAACUGCGAAUGAAAACGUCGUUAGGAGACUUAUACAAUACGGAGCUGAUGUCAAUGCAAUGUCUAAAAAUAAAAUGUCGCCCUUUUUGACUGCUGUGUUCUAUUUUAAGAUUGCGCAACGCAAUACGUAUAUCUGCUUGGAACCUAUACUGGAACUACUUAUCAAAAAUCAUGCGCAGCUUGGACAAAGUGACGGUCAGUGGACGCCAUUGUCUUCCACUGUAAAUCUGGAAAACAGCUAUAUUGCCAUGUUGCUGAUUCUUCACGGCUGUAAAAUCGUGGCGCCUGGGAAAUACAGCCGGAGCCUGUUGGUGGAGAUGUUCACGAGGUGUGACCCACAUCUGGUGAAACUUUUUGUGGCCGCAGGUUACCAAGUGACGCAGGAUGAAGUCGAACAGUGUUCAAAACGAGUACCGACUUUCUCCCGGAGCUUCCUCCGGCUGACCUUCCCGGGUAUCGAUCACGGAAAAGGACAACUCGAGACCCUUCAGUGGCUCCGGGAGAGGGUGGUUCGGCCGUUCAGUCUCUGCGAGUUGUCACGAACAGCCAUCCGACACGCUCUGAACGAUGCUGGCGGUGACACGACCAUCCUCAAGAGAAUACCACAGCUUCCACUUCCGGUCUCCAUUCAGCAGUUCAUCGCUUUACGUGGCAGUGUUCCGCAAACAGAAUGUUUAUUUAUUAAUUCGUCAGAUAAUGAACAGCUUAAUUGACUUUUUUGUGACAUUUUAUUUUAUUUUCAGCCUUUUGUCUCCUCGGGAUGUCCCUUCACAUAAUAUGUAUUUUUAACAGUCUGGUUUAUUAAUGAUUCAGUGCAGCUACAAUUUGACUAUAGCAGUUUUUACAUUUAUACGUCACAUUGCCUGUCUGAUUGCGAAUAGACUGCGAAAUCUGGCCCUGGGGGAAGCAGUCUUUCGAAUGUUAUGCUUGUUUUCGCCUGGAUUUUCAUCUGCCUGGUUUACUGAGCUUCAGUAACUUGUCUAUAGGCAUACGAUUAUCCCUUAGAUUUACGUUUAGACGGCACACUUCCCCAGAAGCCAUGAAUGUGUUUAAAUAAGAGGUGAAUGCAUUUUUCGUUUGAAACUGGCGUCCAUGCCAGAUUAAUCUACUAGAUCUACCACCACAGCUUAAAAGCGGAUGCCAAGCUCAAUACCACGUUUUAUGACGCAGUAGUAAAAAAGCUUGGCGAACAAAAAAAAUCAAGGGUACUAUCAAAAGAAUUUAUACAAAUUUCGAUUUUUGCUUUUUUCUAUUAUAUUAUUUUACCUAUUGUUUAUUUCAAUAAAUUUGAUAAGCCACUUUAUGACAUAUGAAAUAUGCAAAUUUUUACGCAUGGCUCGGUUAAGAGCCAUGCGUAAAAAUUUACAUUGAGAAUGGGCUCAUCAAUUUCUUCUGGUGCUACAUCAUUUGUUGACCAUUAUACAUUGCUCUCUACACUAGCAUUACUGCUAAGGGCGUUGUCUGUGAUAGAGUUAUCUUACACUUGAAGCGCUGGUAUGUCACACAGGUCUCCUCGUUUUGGCACAGUGGUCGUGUUUAGUAUCCAUAGUCCAUCUAGAAGAACUCUUCUAUUCUGCUAUUUUAACUUUCUGAUGUUCAUCAUAACAUUACGUCCAUCGCUCUCUCUCAAAAAAAUCUGGCGCGGUCUCGCAAUUCCUUCCCAAACGUGGCAUGGAAUUGCUCAUUUCUAGGCAUUGGAUUUUCCAGUGGAAUCUCGAAUACUAUCCCUUUAAUUAAAUAAUCGAUGGCACGAAUUAACGCGCUGUCUUGUGGUCACAUUAUCUGCUAGAACUUUGACGGUACCGAGUGUCUCGCCGUCGAUGGCCAUUUUGAAAUAUCACGUGAGUUCUGACAUUUAUCCUCUAGAAAACUAUUAUAUGGGCCCGAUGUUUCUAAAAACGUAUUACAGAGAAAUAAUUCCUAAACAUAGCUCGGUUUUCUUUGAAUUGAGAUUCUCUUCUCUAAGUUAGUGAAAUAUACUUCUCUUCAUUGUAAUAUUCAGAUGCAUUUGUUUUUAUAAAGCACGUAAAUUAUA